GGUUCAUUACAUAGCAGAAGGGAAGUACCGUAGACCUGCCUUGGAACUUGAUGUUGUUUUACUCGAUCUUAUCAUUCCUUUGGUUUUGAACCGACGGCUUUGUACUUGUAAGUAAGUCGUAUUGGAUUCUCAUCGGGCUUCGACUUGGUUAACGCGCUGACUCCAGACACCUGUUUUCAGUAAGUCGGAGCGACGGCCCCGGGGUAAACUCAAACCGAAAUUUAGCCUACUAAAUAGGGCACCAAAGUAGUAGCCUACGUUGCAGGUAGUUUUAAAUCUGAGGUUUCAGGUUCUGAUAACACCUUGUGUUGUCUGCCUGGCCUGUAUGAAAUAUAAUACUUAAAUCUAAAGUCCACCUUCAUCCAGAAAAUACCAUGGAGUCUCUCGGGAGUGGAUUGGAGGACAGCCCAAAGCUCAUGGAUGAUGGCUUGGACCCGUCAAGGCAAUUUCUCCCUGCAUCUCAUCCUAAGAAAAAGAAGAAGAAAUUGUUAAGAGCCAUCUUAAUAAUAAUGCUAACCAUACUGGCAACUGUCGUAACACUAAUAGUAGGAUUUAGAGUGCGGAACUUUCAUUUGAGAACAGAGGGCAAAAUAAAAAAGGUCUUUGGAGGUUCUCUGAUGGUUGCCAAUCGGAGAUUCAUAAGCGCUUACGAGGACAAGAGCAGUGCUCAGUUUACUGAGCUAGCAUCUCAACUCUCCAAGGAAAUAAAAAAAAUUUACAGUCGUGUGCCAUUACUGUCCAGGUAUCAUGUCAGCUCCAGUAUUCAAGCCUUCAGUGAGUUCAGUGAUGACAGUGUUAAAGCCUACUACAUGUCUGAGUUCAGUGUGCCAGAGGCUCAGGUAUCUGCUGUGGAUGAAGCCAUUGAGUCCAUGCAUACCAAUGAGCCAGGAGACACACGGAGACUGAGCCUCAAGCCGACCAAGAAUCUGCUUAUCUACAAUGUGAUGUCUGCAACUGUAGAUCCUCGCUUGGUUACUUCAAAUCUGCAAGGUCACUACAAGCAAUUCCACUCUCAUGCGGGUGAGGCAGGCAUCAUCCAGUCUCCAGGCUUUCCUAAUUCUUCGAACACCGCCAACACCUACAUCGAGUGGCAGCUCCGUGCUGACCCCAACCACAGAAUUCAGCUGGAAUUUACAGUGAUAGACCUGGAGAAUGACUGCCAAAAUGACUUCAUUAGAUUGUAUGAUUCUCUUGUCCCUAGCGAGAAUCAGGUCAUGGCAGAGAAAUGUGGAUACUAUGCCUAUGAACAGGAAUAUAAAAAGAAGGUUUUCCUGUCGUCUGGGAAUGUUAUGUUAGUUACUCUGGUCACAAAUGGAGAGAAUCAUUUCCCUGGCUUCAGUGCAAAUUACUCUCAGGUGCCUGCAGAAAUCAAAGGCUGUGGUGGGAAACUAACUGGGAUGAAUGGCACCUUUACGUCUCCAGGGUUUCCCUCAAGUUAUCCUCCCCGGAUCCAGUGUUUUUGGAAUAUUAAUGUUCCUGAGGGAAAGCACAUCAUAAUAAAUUUUAAGAAGUUUGCACUAAGUGAACAAGGACUGAGCCCAAACAACUGUACCAAUGAUUAUCUGGAGAUUAAUGGCAACAGGAUGUGUGGGAAAAAAUUUGAAAACAUACCCCUGAUCAUCAAGACCCAUACGACAGAUAUCAGAUUCAUCUCUGACUUGUCCUUUGUAGAGGAGGGUUUCUCCGCGGGAUUUGAAGCCAUCUAUCCCACUGAUCGUUGUCCUGAUAAAUUCCACUGUGAAAACGAUGCCUGCAUUAAUCAGAAGCUGAGAUGUGAUGGCUAUGAUGAUUGUGGAGAUCUGAGCGAUGAGAAGAACUGUGCCUGUAAUGAAUCUUACAUCAAAUGUAACAAUGGCUUCUGCAAGCCCAAAUACUGGCUCUGUGACAGAGUGAAUGACUGUGGUGACAAUACAGACGAGGAGAACUGUGCGUACUGUAAUGCUGGGGAAGUCACCUGUCAAAAUGGCCGCUGUAUCUCUGAGCACAAAAUGUGUGAUGACCUUGAUGACUGUGAGGAUGGCACAGAUGAAUCCGAAUGCACUAAAUCUACAGACCCCAACUGCUCCAAGUUUACCUUCAAGUGUAAGAACAACACGUGCAUCAGCAAGCAGAACCCAGAAUGUGAUGGAAACAAAGAUUGUGAGGAUGGUUCAGAUGAAGAAGGCUGUGAAUGUGGAAUGAGCCCAUACCAGUCCUCUAUGAUCGUGGGUGGUAAGGCAGCCAUUGAAGGUAAUUGGCCCUGGCAGGUUAGCCUUCACCUGAUUGGUAGAGGUCAUGUGUGUGGAGCCUCACUAAUCAGCAAUCUCUGGCUUGUCACUGCUGCACAUUGUAUACAGGAGACCAACAGAUAUUCUGGGCCAGACGAAUGGGAUGUCUACCUGGGGCUGCACAGUCAGAGUGAGACCAACACUGAGAACACAGUGCAUAAGCGAGUGAAACAGAUCAUCUGUCAUCCUGACUAUGACCCUGUAAGAGACAAUAAUGACAUUGCUCUGAUGGAGCUGGACAGUCCUGUGCCACUUGGCGCAAAUAUUUUCCCUAUCUGCCUACCUGCAGCCACACGGGAGUUACCUGUGGGCCAGCCUGUGUGGAUUACUGGUUGGGGCAAAAUCAGAGAAGAAGGACCUUUAGCUACAGUGCUGCAAGAAGCAGAGGUGCGGAUUAUCAAUGAAACAGUAUGCAGUCAGCUAAUAGGAAAUGAGAUAACCCCAGAGAUGGUCUGUGCAGGAGUUCUUACAGGAGGAGCGGAUGCCUGUCAGGGUGACUCAGGUGGACCCAUGACCUUUGUAACCCAAGGAACUGGUCGCUCAUUUCUGGUCGGCGUUGUAAGUUGGGGUGAAGGCUGUGGCCGAAAAGGGAAGCCUGGUAUUUACACACGGGUCACUAAGUACCGCAGCUGGAUCCAAAAGGAGAGUGGGGUAUAAAAUCUACAUUUUAUCGGAAUUUUUAUAAUUCCACUCUGACUACUCCGACCAUUCAAACCACUCCUAAAGCAUUCUGACCAAUCUUGCCAACUUCCUUUAUAACUUUCUGCUCACACCUAUAAAAAAAAACAGUUUUUGCAACAGCUAGAAUCCAAUUAAUCCCAAACACACACACACACACACACGCACACACACACACACAGCUACCUCUAAUUUACCCGCAUGGUUUUGGGUAGUUCUCCUUUGGAGUUGUAAUGAUACCCAGUCAGACAGGUUCUGUUCUUUUUUUUGCAUUUUAAUGUAUGAUCUAAAUGACAUUAGACCAGUUUUAUAUUUCUGGAAUCUUUAGAUAUUAUUAUUAUUUACUGGAGAUGGGGGAAUAAAUUGAUUCAGUGAUGUGUAUUAUCACUCUUUUCUGUGGCAAAUCAUGUAUCGCCACACUGACUAAAAAGAACUAUUUUUUAAAUACAUUUUUAUUUACAUGUUUUUGCAUUUGAGCAGAUUAAAUGGUGUCGUUCCUCUAUAAUCCUACAAUCCUAAUGCAGCACAGCAUCCUGUAUUGUAGGAGCAAACUGCUUGUGAAGUUUGUUUGGAAUUUUAAGAAAAUCUAAGAAAUUAAUACAGAAUCAUGAUAUUUAUAAAAUCAUGAUACUUAUAGAAUCACAGUUCAAAUUGAAUCAGUACCCAGGCAUCCUGAUACCAGGUAGUGUUAUUAGCUUAUAUUAAUUAUUUAAGGAAAGAUGUGACAUUUACAAUGAAAUGGGCAUUCUAGUUUGCAACUCAAAACCAAAUCACACUUUAGUCACCUGAAAAUAGAGACUUGACUUGUAGCUUAAUGUUUAUGAUUCAUGCAUUGACUUGGAAUCAUCAGCAGUACCUUUUAAAGAACAUGACUAUCCAUGAUUACCUGGACAGGAUAGGUAAAAGUUACAGAAAAGUUUGCUGUUCUUUGCUGACAUCAUUUUUUUGUGUAUUUGUUUUAUUGAUGAUUGCAAUGCCAUGUUAGACCUUAAUGUUCGUUCAAGUGUGUAAAAAUGUGUAUUUUAAAAAACAAAAUACUUUUUUUAUGUCUCAAGUGGCAUUUGGUCAAGCUUUUCCUUUUUGGAAAGAAGUGUUAAAAGGUGUAAAUAUAUAGUUGCAAAUGGCAAAUAAAGUGACCUUUUGUUUUUUGUUUUUAUUUACUGUAAAUAAUACCAUGUCUCUACACAGAUAAAGUUUUUAUAUACUGUACUCCUCGUGUACAUUGUGUUGAGUUUGGACUUGCCACAAAGACAUACAGUAAGCUUAAAGAUUUGACCUGGACACUGUAUUUUUCUCUGUAUUUAUUAUUUAUUGUCAGGGACUGGGUUAUAAUUGCUUUCUAUUAUAUUAACAAUUGUAUUGUGUUAACAAUAGCAGAAGCAUAAAUUCCUGUAUUUUGUCCAUUUAAUUUAAGUAUAGUGGUAUUAUUUUUUCUUUUUGAAGAAAAAUCAAAGAAACUGUUACAGUUUAGUAAAGUCUCCUAAUUGUUUAACCUGU